AUGGCCGCGCGGAACGCCUCAGCUAUCCAGUUUACGAGCCCCUCAAUCGAUCACGAGUUCUGGAAGGAUUUCAGCGAAGAAGAAUGCACGUGGCUGUACACGCCGCUGACGUCCUUGGGCCUAGAUCACGAGUUCUGGAACGAUUUCAGCGAGGAGGACUGCACGUGGCUGUCUGGCCCCCUGGACUUCCCGGCGCCUGCAGAUACAUCCAUCAAUCAUGCGUUCUGGAAGGACUACAGCGAGGAGGAGCAGACGUGGCUGCGGCAGCAGCGGCUGCACGCCGUUGCGGUGCGCGUGGGGCGGUUGAACGAGGACGAGCAGAGCACUGCGCGCUCCCCCCGUGCGUCGCUGGGCUUCUCCCCGCUGCGACCCACCAAGCCCGUGAGUCAGCCGCGCAGCAACACGCCCGUGAGUCAGCCGCGUAGCAACAUGCCCGUGAGUCAGCCGCGCAGCAACACGCCCGUGAGUCAGCCACGCAGCAACACGCCCACGCCCACGCACGUCAUGGGUGCACGCGCUGCUGUCACCACCGCCGUUCUAAAGAGGGCUGGUGUCAGCAACGCUGAUGUUAAGACUGCUUCCGUGAGGAGCGUCGCUGUGAAAAGCGUUCCUGUGAAGGCCGCAGUUUCAGCAGCGAAGGCAAUACGUGUAUCUGCAGCUGCACCAGCCAAGGCUGCUGCUGCUAGAAGCAUUCCUGCUAAGCCUGCAGCUGCAGCAGCUAAAGGAGCACCAGCCAAGGCCACUCGUGUGACGCCUGCAGCUGCAAGCAGUGUUGCUGCUAAGAGCAGCCCAGCGGGGUCGGUGGCAACAAAAGCAGCAGGAUUGAAGACGAGGGAGCAGGGCAAUAGGAGGGCAGAACACAUGGCGGUGCGUGCAGUAGCAGGGAAGGCGGCAUUGGGAAGAGUGGAGGCAGCAGGAGGGCGAGCAGCAGGUUCGGGCGAGAGUUCAGGGCGUAGUGACGGUGGUGCGACUCUAAUCCCUCAGCCUGGGCAGAGCAGGGCAGCACACACGGCUGCAGCGGCUAAGGCAGUGCACGCUGCGCCUCACAGCACUCGUAAACCGGCUGCUCCAGCAGCAGCAGUGCCCGCCACUCGCAUUCCCAAGCCACGCACAGCAGCACUCCUGGGAAGCAGUGCUCGGGUGUUGUGGGAGAGAUGGCAGGAGAGGUGGAGGCAUGUGGUCAGCCGGAAGGUGGUAUGUGCUGUGGGGAGGCUCGUGGCUGAGGAUGGCGAUGGAUCUGCUGCAAUAGAGUCCAUGUGCCGCCCAAUGCCUAUCGUGCACCACCUUCCUAGUCAGAUUCCUAUUGCAUCCCCGCUGUCAUUUUCCCAUUGCCCCUUUUCCACAGCCACCUCCCUCUUUGCCAUCUGUCCCAUUGACCCGGAGUACGAUGACUGGCAAGGGUACGGCGGCGGGCGGGCGCACGGCGACGAGCCGGAGUACGGCGACGAGCAGGAACGCGACGAUGAGCCGGAGUAUGGCGGCGAGCAGGAACACGGCGACGAGCCGGAGUACGGCGGCGAGCGGGAGCACGGUGACGAGCAAGAAGACGGUGACCCUCAGCAGGAGGGCAACGAUCUAGCGCCGGUGGGGCCCCACGUACCGAGCGGAGCCGUGGAGGGAGAGCACGCGCCCAGCGCGGAACACGCCGACACCGCAGCGGCAGCAGAAGAAGAAGAGGGAGAGGCGCGAGAGGAGGGGGCACGUGCCGCGGACUCCGAGCGUCUAGAAAGGAGAUACGCCCCCGACGCGCUGCAGCAGGAAGUCCGGAUUCGUGAGGGAGGGGCCCGGACGAUGCAGUCGCGGGGAACGCGCGGACGAAGCGGUGCAGAGGACAGGCGCACGACAGGAACUCCGCGUCGGCGAGCGGAGACGAGGGACGGAAGCUCGCGCUCGCCCAGAGAACCGCCGCCGAGGGCCGAUCGGUACGGAGGCGCGGCAGGAAAGCGGGGAGGAGGGAGGAGAAUGUGGUUCACUCGGCGGCGCCACCGCGGGCACCUGGAGGAAGCCGUGGGAGAGAGCAUCGCUCGCCAAAGACACAGCGGCACUGGGAGGGGCGACGGGAAGAAGGAUCACGCUCACCGCACGAGCGGCAGUAGUGGGGGGCAGGGCACAGAGGGGUGUCGCGGUCGCCCGACCAGCGUCGUUGGCGAGAAGGAAGGCGGGAGGAAGCAGACCGCACGCAGCCAGGCGCACGGCAGCAGGGCAAGGGCAGGGAGGAAUGGUCGCCAACCCCAGCGAGACGUCAGCCGCGUGAAGCCGGCCACCGGGAAUGGGAGCAGAGUCAUUAUUCGCCUGCGUGACGAUGGGAACGGGCGGGGAGGGAAGAGGGUCAGUGGGGCCAGUCAAGGGAGACGCGCGGAGAGCAGUUGGAGAGCAGGGCCAAGACAGGCAGCUUGGGCAAGGGGCUGA